AUGGUCGAUGUUGAGAGUCAGUACCGGCCGCCUUCGCCCCUGGAGGACUCCAUGCUGGGCAACAGCCCGCUGUACGCCGAUGACAACUUCAUCGGCGGCAUGGAGGAGCUCCAGGACAUCUCGCAGUCCAUGGACAGAAGUACCCUCAGCUCUUAUGAUGCCCCCGAGUACCAAUCGUCCAGCAACGGCUCGGAAGGCUCCACUGUCUUUGAUGCCCUGACGCCGGCGUCCAGCCCGUCGUCUUCGGUGGCUAACGGGUUGGCGGCGAGCCAGGAGGACUUCUCGCCUUCGUCCUCCUCGUCCUCGCUCAGCCUAGAGUGUCGAGUGUGCGCCGACCGGGCCUCAGGCUACCACUACGGCGUCCACGCCUGCGAGGGCUGCAAGGGGUUUUUUCGGCGGACCAUCCGUCUCAAGCUGGAUUACGACAAAUGCGAACGCCGCUGCAAGAUCCAAAAGAAGAACCGCAACAAGUGCCAAUACUGCCGCUUCCAGAAGUGCCUGUCGGUGGGCAUGUCCCACAACGCCAUUCGUUUUGGCCGGAUGCCACAGUCGGAGAAGCUGAAGCUGAAAGCUGAGAUGGUGACGGCGGACCGCGAGGUGGAGGACCCCCAGAUGGCCGACCAGAAAACGCUAGCUCGGCAGAUUUACGAGGCCUAUCUCAAGAACUUCAACAUGAACAAGGUCAAAGCUCGGACCAUCCUCACGGGGAAGACCAGCACCCCGCCUUUGGUCAUCCAUGACAUGGACACGCUGCAGCUGGCAGAGCAGACCCUGGUAGCCAAGAUGGUGGGCUCCGCGGAGGUCCUGAAGGACCGCGAGGCCGAAGUACGCCUCUUCCACUGCUGCCAGUGCACCUCAGUGGAAACGGUCACCGAGUUGACGGAAUUCGCCAAGUCGGUCCCCGGUUUCUCCGACCUGGACCUCAACGACCAGGUGACACUGUUGAAGUACGGCGUCUACGAGGCCCUCUUCGCCAUGCUGGCCUCGUGCAUGAACAAAGACGGGCUGCUGGUGGCGUACGGCUCGGGCUUCAUCACGCGCGAAUUCCUCAAGAGCCUGCGGCGGCCUUUCAGCGACAUGAUGGAGCCUAAGUUCCAGUUUGCCACCAAGUUUAACGCCCUGGAGUUGGAUGAUAGCGACCUGGCGCUCUUUGUGGCCACCAUCAUCUGUUGUGGAGACCGGCCGGGCCUGGUGAACGUGAGCCACAUUGAGCGGAUGCAGGAGAGCAUCGUGCAAGUGCUACAGCUCCACCUGCUGGCCAACCACCCAGACGACUUGUUCCUUUUCCCCAAGCUUCUGCAGAAACUGGCCGACUUGCGGCAGCUGGUCACCGAACACGCUCACCUGGUGCAGGAGAUCAAGAAGACAGAGGACACGUCGUUACACCCGCUCCUGCAAGAGAUCUACAGAGACAUGUAUUGAGCGUUCUGUCGUUUUCUUCGGGUCGGACCCCCGGCACUCUCUUUCCGAGCGCUAGCUAAUAAUGAGCCUCGUUUCCACCAAGCGGUGCGCUUUUAGUUUGGUACACUGACGUGGAAGUUGCACUCCCUGGGUUGGUUCCAUCAGGCCGAUCUUGAACCCCUUUUGAGCCUUCAGGGCCACCGUACUCCAAUGCAUAAAAAGCGAGCUUCAGUCUUCGGACAGAACGUAUGACGAAUACGGACUCAAAACAGCCAAGCUGCUUUUGCUGAGAUCCUGAUUUUUUUUUUUUCCCAAGUUGACUUUUUUUUUAAACAUUUUCAUUUGACUUUUUAGGGUUCCUGUACGUAGCCUUGCUCAACAGUCAAACAAAAGAGGAAGAAGACAAACGUCACAUGCCAAGAAGAACAAACAACAAAUAUGUGUUGUCAGUUGUUUACAUUGCGCCCUUCCUCUUGAGUUGACUGGUGGGCUCGCAUUGAUGAUGUCAUUCUUCAAACCAGGAACUAGCUACCGUUCUAAACGGUUAGCGUCGUAACGUAUAGAGCUGAACUGCACUCCUUGGUGGUAACGUGGCUUUUGAGGCCUGCGAUCAACAAGAGGUUGACUCUGCUGCACUCCACCAUGGCAGAUUUUUUUUUUUUUUAAAAGACAUUUUGGGGUCAGCCUUUGUGGCAUCCCCGCUCUCUGAAACACCCGAAAAUGAGGAAGAGUGAACUAUCACUCCAACAGAAUGUAGAUUUAAAAUAUAUACAUAUAUAUAUAAAGAGUGAUCUAAAGCCAUAAAAUUUUUGCAGUCAAGUGGAAUCCGUGAUGGCGGCCACGAUACGUCUUGUUCUCAUGUACUCAUGUCAUAUUUCCCGUCUUAGUGGUUGUAUAGUGGGUAUAAAAAGUCUGCACACCCCUGUUAAAAUGCCAGUUUUUUUUAUUUAAAACAAAAAACAGACCAUGAAAAAUAAUUUCAAAACUAUUGUGACCUUAAGUUCUUUGGGAGAAAAGGAAGUAAUAUUGGAAAUCAUGUGUUUGCAUAAGUGUACACACCCACUUGAAAUUGGGUUGUAGCGUUCGGCUGUUCUUGAAUCACAAAAAUUCAGCAUUUGAAGCGGGGUGUACAGACUAUUUAUAUCCACUGAAUGUGCGACUAACCUCAUUUUAGCAACAUCCAUCCGAAUUAUUUUCUAUCUGACCACCUCAGUGCACACAAGCUGGCCUGUGACAUUUAAAGGGACAUGCUUUUUUUUCUUCAUAAAGCACAAGUGCUCCAAUAAUGAUUGUGCUUUGCCAUAUCAACAGCUAACUGUAAAAAUGAAGCACAAUAGCAAUAAUACUCAUUUGUUAGUUUUACAAAGUCAGCUAAAUAAAAUAAAUAAUUUGGCUUUUGGUCUUGGUAACAUCCAUUCGGUUAGCAUUCAGGGAUUGUUUGUACACAUUUUUUAUAACAAGGUGACAAGUGUCUUUCUGCUUCAUCUGCUGGAAGAGAUUCAAAGCUAAUCUGAAGUCAUGCUCCACUUCUUGUCAAGUGGAUAAUGUUUUUGUAUCAUUGCAGUUUAGGAGUACGAGGGCCACAUUGGAAAAAGGAAAUUAUUUAUUGUGAAAUGUAAGAACAUCAUUGCUUUGUUCUGAUUGUUUUCCUGCUGAAAAAGAUUUUCUUUUAAAAUUCGGUCCCAAAAGUGUUUUCGCUCAAAUUCUUACAAUUUUUUUUUAAAUUUGUAAUUCCUGCUCCUUUUUCUCUCAAAUUUAUUUUUAGUUUUGAUUUUCUGAAAAAUAAUUCCUUUUCUUCUAUGCAAUGUGGCCCUUAUACUGUAUUUGUUUCCCAGCUGAAGUGUUCUGAGUGUGACUUUGUUGGUCCAGAGAAAACUUAAUAAAACAUGCAUGCAAUUUAUCUGCCCCUAAAAAAAUCCAGGGAAAACAUUGUACCGCAAAUUAGUCAUGUUUGUUGUUGCUUUAGCUACCAGCUAAUAGUGUUCAAUUGAAUUGGAUCCUAUUUUUUAUACCACGGCGUGUAUGUGCAGUACGUUUGUUUCUCACUGUUUCAACUAAAAUGAAGAGCAGCCAGGAUUCUCAUCAUUUGAAUAUCCAUAGAUUCCCUUUAGGGACAUUCCAAUGUGUUCUUUGCCGCUUUGUGAGUGACCCACCAAAACUGCAACCAUUCUUUCUUUUCAUCACAUUUUCCCCUCACCUUUUGUCAUUAACUGAUCAUUGGAGCAUUUCCACUUGGAUACCAUGUUCUCGGGUCAUACAAUGAUGAUCCUUGGAAUAAUAUAGACUAAUUUGCAUAUGUAUGACAUCACUAUAAACCAUGCUCACAUCUCAUUGCAGUAAUGAAAAUGCAGUAUAUGUUUAAUCUGAAUUUAGUAGGAUUUUAUACAAAAACCAAUGCACUCAUACUGGAAAAUAUUUUUAGGGUACUUGACAAAUAUUUUUGAGUUUUCGUAUCUCCAUCUCUCGCAGAUUUGUUUUUUCCAUGCCGGCUGGCACAUCCAGGGCAUCAUUUUCAAAGACUCUAUAUAGUUGCUUCCUCAUGAACGUCGUUUCCCCAUCCAAUCACAGAUUCUUACGAGGGAUUAGGAUUACUUUGACAAUAGCUGCAAACAGUCUGUGCCUUACCAUGUGUGCAAAAACAUAUAUAUUACAAUAGAGAUUGUGUGCACAUUUGGGAAUGCAUGUGUGACUCAACUGGUCCUAGCAAGAUUAUGCUGUAGAUCAUACAAGGUAUCAGUGAGGAAUCACAGCUUUAAAAUAGGUUGCAAAAUAAUGUCAUGUACCCAAACUGGGCCCAAAAAAGGGAUUUUUUUUUUUUUUUUGCGUGCAUGUUGAGAGGGAUUUUGUUGAAACGUAUCAAGGAAACCGAGUGUUCCUUUGUUGAACUCAGGAUCCAUUACAAGUACUGUUCAUUUUCUAACUGAUGUCACCUAUAACUCUUAAACAGUACUUAUCCCCCCCGCCCCCUCAAUUCUGGCUAAAUACUGUUUUUGGUUGCAGUUGUAAUACAAAUAAACUGAUGUGACUGUUUUUGUAAGUCUGCUUUUAUGGAGAAGAUGGAGACAAAACGAUGAUGUGAUGUCAAUGUCUAUUGUGGCUUGGUACAAAAUACUGUAAAUGUAUAUGAGGAAAGAAUGUAAAGCUAGUCAUUUAAAUGAUACAAUAAGCUGAUAAGGUGAACAUUGAAUGGAUUUCAAAAAUUAAAAAAAACUUUGAAUGAA